CACACACACCCCCCCCCAAACCAAACCCUUUAGUGUAGUGUCACCUUUGUUUUGUUAAACGUCUCAAAACACAUUUUCCUCUUUUCCCUGCACUCUUCUCUCGCCAUUACUCUCUCUGACAUCCCUGCUUUGGUUUUGUGUCUUCAAAGCACGUACAAGACCUGAUGAAAGAGGUAACGGUUGAAGCUGAUGGUGGGCAAGGAGGAGCACAAGGUGCACCUGAGAGUGGCAAAGGAACGGCUAGGCCAGACUUACACAACAGGGCCAUGAAAAUUUUGAGGGCAAGAGAGCCUUAUAAUGGGUAUGAAGAAGUGGGAGAGAAGCCUUCAGGGUUUGAAGUUAUGGGGUGGUACCUUUAUGAGUUCUGCUUCUACUUUGUUCAAACUGUUCUCAUACCUGUUGUGUUCCCUCUCAUAAUCAGUCAGCUACAGCGUCUUCCUACAGAUUCAGCUCAAGAAUGGGCCAAGAACCACCCAGCCAUGCACUGCUCACAGAAGGAAAUUCAUCUGUAUAUCAAACUCACAAACCACACCAUAAGAACUAGUGGUGGUUCAAAUUUCUCCUCUUUGGAAUGGACAUCAAUUGCUUGGGCUACAGGUCUAGCCUUGGCUGCUCCAAUUCUUGGCUUCAUUUCCUUCCACCUUGAUGGUCACUUCCCUAAGCUCAUCUUAGCAUCAGCCACAGGCAUUGGAGUGUUCUUCUGCCUCCCUGCAGGGUUCUUCAAAGUCACAGCCAUCUUCAUUCCCUACAUUGCUGGCAUUGUUGCAGCUAGCACAGUUGCUAGUGCUGCUCACACACACCAUCUCGGCCUCAUGAUUCGAUGCUUCACAGGACCAAUUCUUAAGAGAAGUGAAUUCUCCAUUAGGCAAGGGGUUUCUAGCAGACUCUCCCUUCAUGCCACAGCUGCUGGUUGCUUAGGAGCUGCCAUAAUUUCAUCAUUCACUUAUCAUAUGCUUCGCGAACUAAAUGACAAUGAUCGCGAUGUUAUGAGCUUGUGGGUAGUUUCAAUCUUCAGUGGCCUAAUAUGGCUUGUGGGGGUCUUACAUUUGGUUACAGCCAUAAGCAGAACCACUGAUUCCAUCUCUUUUUCAUCAAGGCUUCACCCUUUUUCUAUCUUCAAAUACCCUCAUGCAAUUGGAGGCCUUGGUGCUGUUUUCCUCUCCUCAUUCACCACAAUGUCAAUUUUCACUGGAGGAGUGAUUUUCAUAGUGGGCCACCUAUGCAUUAAGCCAUUGCAUUUGCUCUAUUUCUGGUUAACUUAUUUCCUUUUCCCUCUUGUUUCUUUGUCAUUAUUACAACCCUUGCUGAACGUGAUCAAGAUGAAUUCUGUGAAAAUGCAAAUCGUGGGGUUCAUUCUGUCACUUCUAUCAUCCGGGUUUGGAUUCUAUUAUGGUCACAGCCACUGGAAAUGGGGUCACUUAGUGCUAUUUGGUGCUAUUCAAAGCACAGCAACAGGGAUUUUGCAUGCUUUUGGAAGGGUAUUGGUGUUGGACUGUGCUCCUUCAGGGAAAGAAGGUGCAUUCUCUAUUUGGUAUGCUUGGAUGAGAGCUGCAGGGUUGUGCGUGGGGUUCACGGUGGGAUCGGUGGCGCCAGGCCGCAUUAGAACAUCGUUUGGAGCUGCGUUUUGCACUGCCAUUGUUGGAAUUGUGGUGCUGCUUUUCGGAAAUAUCAGUGAUGUUGGAGGUGCUGUUGCUGCAGGACAUGUCAGAGAUGAUUGUGAGAGAAGUUCGGGUGUGCCUGGCUUAGAUUCUAAAGAAUCUGCUCGCGUUUGAAUAAUCAAAUGAUGAAUCAUUAUCGUACAUUAUUGGCUUGUGCGUUAUAUAAUUCUUUGCAAAUGAUGUUAAUGCAUGCAAGAGUAAAAGGUUUCAUUUUAUGAUUGAUUUUAGAUGUAUUCUAGUGGUUAGUUACUGUUGUUGCAACGCAUGCAUAUGUUUGAUCUCUGUUGAGGAUUUGGGAUCUCGCCUGUGUAACUGUGUUAUAGUAUUUUGUCAUAUUUGUUUUCUCU